UUAAAAUAAAUAAAAUAAAAACGUCACUCUCUCUCUCUCUCUCGCUAACGCUUCAUCCGUACCCAUGGCCGUUUUUCUUUCGCCCAUCCCUCCCAAUCCCAAACCACCUUUUCAUCUCUCUCUGUUCUGAAUUUCCAUCUUCGUCUCCAUAUUCUCUCUCUCUCUAUCACUCUCUCUCUCUAUAUAUAUAUAUUUAUACAUAUUUUCUUCUUGUGCAUCUCUAUCUGUUUGUUCGUUUCAGUAUUCACCCGCGUUUUCCAUGGAGUCGGCGAAGAUUGCUGGCUUCUCUCUGAAAACCCUAAUUAGGCCGUGAAACCUACCUCAUCGAUCUCGUAUUUCGAAAAUGGCGAUUGUGACGGGAGAUCGCUACCUGGAGAAGCUGGUGCAGUUCGUGGAGAAACAUGUGGGUCCUCUGGUCGAAGGAGCCUUGGUCCUGAAGCUUAAUCCGGCGGGCCUUCACUAUGUCCAAUCCAGGCUGGAGGCACUGCACGAGCUCGAAAGCCUCUUAGCCGGCGCCCCCGUCGACUACCUCCGAGCCUACGUGUCCGACCUCGGCGAUCACCGCGCCCUCGAACAGCUCCGGAGGAUCCUACGGCUCCUCACCUCACUCAAGGUCGUUUCGGUGUUGCCCACGCCCGUUAGGGAUCCCACGCCCUUGUCCUUCUUGCCGUUUGGGCGAUUGAAGGUUCUGGAGCUCAGGGCUUGCGACUUGUCAACUUCCGCCGCCAGAGGCUUGCUCGAGCUCAGGCAUACUCUCGAGAAGAUCAUUUGUCACAAUUCUACCAAUGCUCUGCGGCAUGUGUUUGCUAGCAGGAUAACGGAGAUAAAGGAUUCUCCGCAAUGGAACCGCUUGUCGUUUGUCUCUUGUGCAUGUAAUGGUUUGGUCCUCAUGGAUGAGUCUUUGCAGCUUCUUCCUGCUGUUGAAACACUUGACCUUAGCAGGAACAAGUUUGCCAAGGUAGAUAAUCUACAUAAGUGUACGAAAUUGAAGCAUUUGGACCUUGGUUUCAAUCACCUGAGUACAUUUGCACCUUUCAGCCAGGUUUCCUGUCAUAUUGUUAAACUAGUUUUGAGGAACAAUGCUCUAACUACUUUGCGUGGGAUUGAGAAUUUGAAGUCACUAGAGGGACUUGAUGUUUCCUACAACAUUAUUUCCAAUUUUUCUGAGCUAGAGUUCCUUGUGGGCCUUCCAUAUCUUCAGAGCUUGUGGUUGGAAGGAAAUCCUUUGUGCUGUGCUCGAUGGUAUAGAGCACAAGUAUUCAGUUUCUUCACCAACCCAGAAAAGUUGAAGUUAGAUGAGCAGGAAAUAAGCACUAGAGAUUUUUGGCAGAGACAAAUAAUUAUUGCCAGUAUGCAUAAGCGACCUGCCAGUUUUGGAAUUUAUGUGCCCGCAAAGGAUGAGCCUCUAGUGGAAGGGGGCAAUGGUGGAAGGAGAAAGGCCUCUCGCCUUGCAAGUAUUAAGAGUGAAGAAGAGAUCACUAGCAUAUGUUCUGACGAGGAGUCUGUGUCAUGUGCCAGUGAAAUGCAAAAUGGAGAGGAUCCUGAUUUAUCUAAUGAAGAAGCUGAAAUAAUGGAUUUGAUAAAUAGAGUUGAAAAUAUGAAGAAAGAGCGUUCUAACCUUUGGUUGCGGGAAUUUAAAGACUGGAUGGAUAUUGCUUCUGAUAAAUUGGUAGAAACUAGGAAAGAAGGCAGAGCUGAAUUGCAUCAUCGGAAAGAAAAUUACAUCAGAAACAAGACAAAUGAGGAGCAGCAAGGUGGAGUUCAAAGAUAUGCUUCAGACUCUGUUUUAGCCUCAGGAGAUGAGAGUAGCAUGAAUAUUUUAGAAUCUGAUAGUUCUUUUGUAGAUACGUCUGCUAGUUUUCAUGGACAGCAGUACUUUGAUUAUAGAGGUUCGCUUGGUAAUGCUAGUGGGGCCUCUCUUUCUGAAUUUGGAGGAGUGGAUGUGGAGCGUCUGAAAUCUUUUUCACUUGAGGGAAUUAGUAGUUCACUCCCACAAUCUAAAAGUUCUCAUUCUGACACCACGUCCAACCAAGGGGCACAUAGACUGGCUGAAAAUGUCAGCAUCUCACCAUUGACCACCAUUAAUGAUAUAUCUGAGUCUCAGUCAUCAUCUGCAUGUCCUACAUCUCCUCCUCAUUUUCAAGAAGACCUUCUUCAUCGCCGGCAACACUUGAUCGAGGAAAUUUUGCAGUUGUCAGCAGAUUCCUUUUCAGUGGCAUCUUCUGAUAGUAACACAAGCUGUAGUGAAGUUGAUAACAGUGAAUUUGAGCCAUCAGUGCCUAAAGUUGAUAAUUUCCCAUGCAAAUUUUUUAUGAAUGAGAGUGUUGAUGGUAAUAUAUCUCAAAAUCAACUCAAGGAAAAGUCUUACAACCCAAGACAAGGAAUUCCUCAUGCAAAACAAAAUGGCAUAUGUUUAUUUGGUUCAUCCAGUGACCAAACUUCUAAGCAGCAUUCAAUUGAUUUUACUGCUGGUGCUGACAAUGGUGAGAGUGCUUUUUCUGCCAGUCGAGAUGCUGAUUUGUUGGAGAAAAGAAAAAUCAGAAAAAAAGCCAAGAAGAGAGUUAUUUCAAUAUUAGAAGAGAAUCAUCCGGAUGGCAAUGCAUGUGAUCUCGAACAAGAGCAGAUAAGUAAAGGACAGAUUUAUACAAAUUACAAACAAGAAUUGGAUGUUGAUGAUUUUACUGAUUUUUCUGGGGGUUAUUCCUCUACCCAAGAGAAUGAUGAUUUUAUUGUGACAUAUUUCAAUUCGAGUAUUGCUGACUCUGAAGCCAGUGAGAUCUGUAGUCAUUGCAUACGCUGUAAUUGUGUCCUUGAGAGGGAGACUAUCUAUACAGAAAGAGAAGUUGCAGUAUUGCUGAGUAGCCAUAAGAAGCUCUAUGUGCUGCUAAUCAGUGUUGCUUCUGAUGGAUCAGGAACACUUCUGAGCGUAUUGAGUUGCCACAAGAUUGAAGAAGUUAGUGAAGUGGUUGUUGGAAUGGGACUUCAGGUGUUAAGGGUGAAUUUCGAGAGUGGUGAAACAUACCUUUUUGUAACAAGAAGUAUUGAGAAAUCAAGAGAGUUAUUAUGUACCAUACACGAUUCAUGUGGAGGGAACAGUAGAUGCUUAAUAACAAGUUUGGAGCAGGUCCAGGUUGAGUUGUUUGACAACCAAAUAUGUGGUGGUUCAAACGGUAGCAUAUAUCAGUAUGCAAUGGUGCUCGUCUGUUGUAACAAUGACAGUGAGGAAGCAUGGCUUUCGAGAUCGCUGUUUGUGAUUGGAGGAGGGUAUAUGCUUUUAUGCGUUGAAGAUGUUAAGCAGCUGUACUCAUUUUCAUCCGAUGCGUCGGUGUCUCCAUAUUUCAGAAUUGAUUCAUAUUGCUCCAUUACCGACCUAACUGAGAUGGUCAUUGAGGUUGGUGAAAGCUGCUGUGUGACUUUAGUUCUGACAUGUCCAAUGGCAAAAUUUCAUCCCUCUACCAGAAUGAACCUUGAAGCUACCGGUCAUGGAAACACAGCUCCAGGCUCUCUUAAAUUGAAGCUUCAGUGGUUCUCCAAAGAUAACCUUUUGAAGUUCGGGUCAUUGUUGAAGGCAAUCCAUGCAGAAAAAGGGGUAUCUCCUUUGGUAGUAAGAUGUAUAUCGUAAAUCUUUUUUGCUCUCUAUUCAUAUUCAUUUCAUUCAUUUGUUUUUGGUUUUCAUUUUUUUUUUUUUUUAAAUUAGUUUGCUUGCUUAGCGUGUUGGGUUUAUGAUAGCUUCCUUCCCUUUUAAUUCUUUGAUUUAUAUCCACGCAGUGGUUGUUCAUUUUCAAUGUAUAGAAUUGUACAGUUUCACUGCACAUUGUUAACCUACUUGUGUUGCUCCUUCCUCCCCUGCUUUCCCCUCUACCUUGAUGGAAAAAUAUGUGAUGAGAAAGAUCUUCAUGGAAAUGUUGCAGCAGUUGUUUCUUUAUUCAAGAUGCCUACGCAUGAAGCUUAUAUGUUGUAUAAAAGGAUGAAUUUUGUAGAAAAUUUAUUAGAGUAUCACUAAAACCAUUCCCCAUGAAAUCCCAACUUACAAGGUUAAGUGUAAAGAAGAUAUUUAUAUGCAGCCAUACUCUUGUCUAUUUGCGGCCUUAUCAGUGCUCCUCGCUCACCUAAAAAGAGUUUGACUAGUAAAUGUAAUCU